AUGCCUCCAGCAUCAGCAGCACAAGGAAUAAUAUGUAAUCCAGGCAGAGGUUUGGGAUUAGGUUUUCUGCUGGGAGCAGAGUAUGACAGGAAGAAGCAGAAGCUUCAGCAGGAACUUCAGCUGGACUACAAACAUUAUGUUGCCACGAAAAAGGAUCAGAAAACUGAACUUCAUCCACAAUCCCAGGGUCUCUCGCUACCUAUUGAUGAGAGAGUAUCGGUUAAGGACAAGCUGAGAGAGGAGAGAAAUAAAGAAUACAACCUCUUCCUUCAGACGCAACGUCAAACCAGACGGUUAAAGAGGGGAACAUCUCCUGUCAAUGAUAAACCUGGACACGGUCAAGCCUCAGAUGCUGUGUGCAUAUCUUCUCCAGUGUCUCCUCUUCCCGUCAUCAACAGCUACACAAACAUAGACCGUCCUCAGAGGGAGCAUGCUGCAUCCAGAAGAGAUGCUACCACUCUGUCUCAGACAGAGAAUGAUAGAAAAAAAAGAGAAAGCACAGAGUCUUGGGGUCCGGGACAGCAGGGGCGAAGGCGUUGGCACGUCUAUAGGCCGAAGGAGCACUACAGCUCUAAUGAGGAGCUGAACAUGGACAAAGAUAAGGAGUUGGAUCUCAGACACAGGAGGUGGGAAGAUAAACACACUCCAGAGACUGAGUACAAAGAGGAGAGGAGAACCCGGGAGUGCAGAGCUAAGAGCCUGCAAAUGCCAGACAGUAUGAAGACGGCUACAAGAUCUAGACCUGCGACCAGCAAGGAUGAAGCCAAGUUUGCCACUGGACUCAUGAUUGGAGCAACAGAAGAGCAGACGGCCUCUCAGAUGAGGAAAGAACGUUAUAGGCAGGAGCUGCUGAAACAAAUGGCUGAAAAGCAGAGAAACAAGAAGACGGAGAAGGAACUUGAGCUGAAGGUGGUUGCCACUGGAGCUACAGACCCAGAGAAAAAGCAUGACCGAACUGGGGCUGUAAAUCGACGUUAUGACAGCAGGAAAUGGGAUGUUCCCUACAAGCCUGAAACAGGUUUGGAGGUCAUGGGGAAGGACCCAAAUCCAAAACCUAAGGCUCACAUACCCAUUGAAGACACAGAACAGAGACCCCCCCUAGGAAAGCCCUUAUCUUCUCCGACUUUGGGCAACAAUACAGUUCUCAAUCAAGUGCCUAGGUCUAGGUCAGGAGCAGCACAAGACGGCCCCAUACUGGAAUAUUUUAAUGAGGACUACCACAGGGAUUUCUCAGACAUGCUAGGAGAGGUGGCGAUACCAAGAGUGGCUGGUGGUCCUCCUCCUUUACCUCCCACUGUAGCCAAUACUUACAAGACUCCACAUGAUGCAGCCUAUAACUACUAUGGAACCAGGAAUCCAUUAGAUCCUAAUCCUCCCGACUAUCAGAAUGGUUUGCCUGGAGGAGUGCAGCAGUCUGGGAAUUUCUACAACCCCUCUCAAAGACCACCUUCUGUCAGACACACUCACCAUACAGAAGCAACUGAUCACCAUAGAGCAUCACCUCUGUUCAUUGGAGAGCUUUUGGUAGACAACUCCAAGCAGAGGAGAGAGAUUGCAAUAAACUACCAAGAAGCACUCAAACAACAGAUCAAAGAAAGAGAGGAGCGUAAAAAAAAAGAGAAAGAAGAGAAGGAGCGAUAUGAUGCCAAGAUAAAUGCCGAAAUGAUGGCCUACAACCCCUGGGGGAGGAGUGGGGGAGGUGCUCCAAUUAAAGACCACAGAGGCAACCUUGUUAGUGAUCUGAAUCACAUGCACAGGAUCAAUGAGGAGUCGUACAGGAUGCCAGCAAAUGAUGGACAGAUACAGGACUCUGUGGCGGGGAAUGGACACACUCCUGGAUUUGAAGCUGGGUCACCGCUCUCCCAUCGAAUGUCAGGUUUCACUGAUCUGCCAACUCCGCAGCAGCUCCACAGGCAUGACAUUUACAAAGAAGCCCUGAAACAACAGAUCGAAGAAAACAGACGAAAGCAGUCAGAAGAGAGGGAACGAGUGAGGAUUGAGGAGGAGAAAGAAGAGAAGAGGCUGGCGGAGCAGAGGGCUCGCAUACAGCAGGAAUAUGAGGACGAGCAAAGGAAGCAAAAGAAGAUUGGGCAUAGGCUGGAGAACCAAGGUUGGAUCCAAGAAGGUAAAACAAUUCAUGGAAAAGAGGAAAAGAGGGUGAGGGAGGAACAGGAGAUUGAAAAGAAGGAACCUGAGAGCACCACGGUCAGAGAGGAAGAAUGGGCACCAGUGGUGGAGAAUGAGAGAGAUCCAUCUCCUCCCAUCCCAACCUUGCAAAAGAAACAGACAGACCUCGUGGCCUCCAGAUCUUCUUCUCCUUUGAGUCAGCUGUCCUCCAGGACUGAGCGCUCCAUGUCAGCGCCACACAUCCGAUCAGUCCCCAAAGGAACCCACCAAGAUGGUAAACAGGAAGUGAUGAGAGAACUGUCAGCCCUCCGUAGGUACCUGAGAAAGAAGCAGAGACAACUGGAGGAUCAGCUGGGACAAUUAGAUUGGCAGGAGGCACACUACACUCCCCCCAACAGGCUCAGAGGACAACCCGCAGUGGACACCUUUGAGUCAGCCAACAAACAAGCUGUCCAGCCAUCAACCAAGAAUCCCUCCUCCAGUGCUGCAAGAGUUAACAUGCAAAACAUCCGGGAGUUCAACCAGCUUAAAUACAGGGAUACAGUAUCUCGAGAAGAGGUCCGUCACAUGUUCCCUGACCCUCCCACUGAUGCAGGAAGUCUGGAUAUCCAGCAGCAGGCUCUUCUUCGUGAACAACGGCGCAAAAUCCGGCUUAUGAAGAGAGAGGAAGAGCACGGUCAGGAAGCAGACACACAGAUAUCUCCUCAAACUGUUGUCCUCUUUAACUCACUGCUCUGUCUUCCUACAGACUAUUUGGACCAGCAGCUGAGCCACCAUCAUCCUAGGAACAAACCUGGGCACCGCGUCCACAGAGACUCUGUUUUGCCAUCUGAGACUGCAUUUAUUGAUGUUUACAGUGGUGAUCCAUCUGGAGACAUGGUUCAUCAGCAGAGAUCCCUUCAGCCCUCACCAGAGCACCAGAAGAGGACAGCCCGGCGGAGGAGACAUGACUAUGAUCCAGGCCAGUCUCUGCAAUCAGCAACCAGUCUGAACCUUGUAUCUGAAGUCAGGCCCUGCAACCAACAGCACAGGGUGAGGCAUGACUGUUGCACUGGUGAUCAUGGGAGCAGAUCAGAGGGACUGUCUGGUGAUGAACAGGAUGUCUUGUCUCUGCGUUCUGCCCCGGGGAGGAGUGUCUCUGUGGAGACUGUUGCCACAGAAGCCUGGCUGCGUCCCGGCACGUCGGAUGCUGUGAAAUACUCUGGCUGUAGAGAGAAGCCAGGCAGCAGGAGGGAUGCUCCACCCUGGCUGACACACCGCGUCACCUAG